AGAGUUUGGCGGGGAGGUUGGAGGUGAAGGGGUGAAAGGUUAGCGCUGUGUUUGACGCGCCCGGUUGAAAACAGAACCGAGGAGUCGAACCGCAAUCAGUAUUAAUAUCAGGACAAGAACCGGACCGGAGGAAAGACACGCAGACUAGGAAAGGAUUGGAAACAGAGAACCCGGGACGAAGAUGGCAGAGAGACCAGAGGACUUGAAUCUUCCGAACGCGGUCAUCACCCGCAUCAUCAAGGAGGCUCUCCCUGAUGGAGUGAAUGUCUCUAAAGAAGCUCGCAGUGCCAUCUCACGAGCAGCCAGUGUGUUUGUGCUCUACGCCACAUCCUGUGCAAAUAACUUUGCGAUGAAGGGGAAGAGGAAGACUCUGAAUGCAGGGGACGUGCUGUCAGCCAUGGAGGAGAUGGAGUUCCAGCGCUUCGUCCCGCUGCUGAAAGACUCGCUCGAGGCUUACAAAAAGGGUCAGAAGGGCAAGAAGGAGGCGUCUGAGCAGAAGCGCAAAGAGAAAGACAAGAAAACAGACUCGGAGGAUAACGACAAGAGCCGCGAAGAAGAGAAUGAGGAAGAAGAGGAGAGGAUGGAGGAGGAGGAAACAAAGGAGGGAGAGAACGAGGAAGAGGAGGCGGAGAACUGAGCAAGGAGGGAGGGGAGGGGAGGGGAGGGGGUGACACAGCUGUAUAUAUUGGAUAAGGCUCACCCAAGUUGUUUUGUGGAAAUAAGAGCCUUUUAAGUUGUUAUUGUUAACCUUUCAUCCCAGUAGUCGGUGACACCUGCUGGUCAGAUACAGUACUCCCUCUAUGGUGCUGAUUGAAUUGAAAUAAACUGCAAUGUCCAGGGCAGCGAAUUACUAUCCCAUCCACACUGCCUUAAUACAGCAUGAUCAGCAUGCAGCAAAACCACCUGAGUCUAAUGAGUGUGAAUUACACAGGUAGUGGAUGUGGUAGUGCUGUUAACCUGUCCUAAUAAUGAGGGAGCACUGUAUUAUAAUUACAGCUAUUAAUCUCCACUCCCCCCAUGAGCACUCCUUGGAUCACUUUCAUUAACCACGCUGCAGUCGCAGUGUUCUGGUUCUUGAGAAGGAGAAAGGGUGAAGUCUCUCUAAUAGCAGGUACUGGCAUACUGACUUGUGCCAGGAAACACCAAUCUGCAAAUUCAGACUGCCCUUCAGAUAAUACCAGCUUUAUUAAUAUUUAGAGGAUUCCCUUCAAACUUGGAUGAGGUGAACUAAAUGAUGUAGUGCUGUAGCGCUACAGAACUCAGGCUUGGAAUAGACUUUAAUAGAUGUUAUUUAGUUUGGAUUGACAAAUCCAAGGGUUGUUAUGCACUUAUCCAUGUGCAAACUGAUCAAAAUAUUUUGUAUUAAACUUUUUUUUAUAUA